GGGUCCUGGGUUUUGCAGAUGUACCUCGCCUCGCUGGGUGUGAUUGAAAGCAACGUGAGGGUGUGGCGGUGUGUCUAUAAAACGAAACGAUCAGAAGGAAGCAAUGGCGGCGGCUUAUUGCUCUGAUUCGGGGGAAGAAUACUCUUCUGGAGAAAGUGGAGAGUCGGACAGUGACGGAAGCUCAGAUGAAAAAACAGAUUUUCAGCGAUCAAAUGCAUGACACAAGUAUGCAUUCCUCGCCGGUGACGGGAGCAAUCCUCCACACUCCCAUAUUUCAGCUUCACGGGAAAAAGCCCUGCAAGUUUUACAACGGCCGCGGCUGCAAAGACGGCGACAGGUGCUCUUACUUGCACUUCUGCAAGUACGCCCUCACCGGAGGUUGUCGCCGCGGGUCACAGUGUAAGCUGAACCACCCCGGGGCUGCAAGAGAGUCCUCCUCGGACCGAUCGACGUCUGCUGCGCCAAAGCUCACCAAUGGCCGGUGCUUCCAAUGGCAGCUCAACGACGGAAACGGCUGGUUGGAUGUUGCUAAUGAUCACAUCCUCGAGGCCCAGUACUCGCUGCCGCACACCCAGAGCAUCAAAAUCUUCAACACCUCUUACGGGGCAGUGAGCAUCGACUUCAACAGGAUGAGGGUGUCAGGAAAGAGCCUUCGGGUGAGACGCUUGGACGACGGGCGCACGGUGUGGCUCUGGUACUGCACUCUGGGUCGGAAGUGGAUCAAGUACGGAGACGAGGAUCCAAAGGGCGUCCCCGGUCCGGUGAAGAACUCCGACAUAGAGAAAAAGUUCCAGAGCAACCCGGCGAGCUCGUACACCUUCGCCAUCGGUGCCGAUACCUUCGAGAUCAAGUUCGCAGAAAUGCGACAGGUGACGGCAGCGAGAAAGAGGAAAGUCGCACGCCGACCGCAGUACCGCCAGCAGCCGGCAGGAGUUCCUCAGGUGGCCUCGGCCCUCCAGAAUCUCGCCCUGGACACGGAGCCCCGGUGGCAGUUCGAGGGAGACCGGGGAGCGUGGCACGACUUCAAGCGCAGGAGCGGCACUCCGAACGAAUGCUCCGUGACCAGUGACGAGAUCGAGAGGAAGUUCACGCAGAACCCCGACGACGGCAUGACCUUCAAAGUGGGCCGCUACUCCUACAAGCUGGACUUUCAAGCGAUGAUCCAGACUAACCUCAAGAACAAGAACGAGCGCAGGAUCCGGCGUGUGCUGGUGUGAACGCUUCUCAAGAAGAAAGUCGUGCAAAACAAUCAUCAUCUUACGAUCAAUCUUCAGUUUGUGUUUGAGGAAUACUUGUACUGUUGUUUCUACAAUGGCAUUUUUAUGGAAUAGUUUGUAUUGUGUUUAUAUUAUCAAAAUGUAAUAAAAAUAAUAUAUAUGUAUAUGAGAGGA